AUGGUGACCACACAACGAAAGUUAUUGGACCUUCCAGCUGAAGUGUUGCAGCUAGUAUUUGAAAGCGAGCUAACGAAAUCCGACUUAUGGGCACUCUAUCACACUUCCCAAACUCUGCGAGUUCACGCAGUUCGACUACUUUUCCGGGAGACAUUCAUCAAGUUCCAGAAGAACGUCCCCAUAUCCUUGAACUUCAGGAGACUGCCCGUGAGGACAAUAAUUGAUGCAUUGUUGAGGGAGUUAUCGCAUAUACGAGACCUGUAUCUAUCCACAUCUUCAUGCACGAGUCCCACGAGUUUUCUUGACUUGUUGGGACGAAUCCCAAACUUGAAGUGUUGCGUAAUUGAUACGCCCCGUGAUUACAGAAUCUCGGAGCCUAACACGUGUUCCGCGCUGGAUUUAUCCUCCUACCUCUGGCCCUCUUGCUCCUUUCAAUCGUUGGAACGCCUUAUCAUAGAGGUGACUUUCACGUGGACGAUCCCAAGCUUGCCCGCUCUUCGUGACUUGUCAAUUGACUUCGAGAAGAACAUCGGUGGCUCUUCUAUUCUGAUAGACCUCACGAAGCUACCGCGGCUAUCAUCUUUCGAAUUGGAAGAGUACGCAGGGGAGGGCCUAACGCUUUUGGGGUCGUCUUCGACAGUGAAGAAGCAAAUUACUGGCGCUUUUGAAUUUGGAAGAGGGUACCACCACGGAGCUGUCCAAGCAUGA